UAUUACACGCUCUCUUUCUGCCACAAAACCCUUCCCCUUCUCUCUCUCAACACUCUCUUCUUCUCACUCUGCUACUGUCAUCAAUGGCGGCGGCGGCUACCUCUUCCUUCUCUCCAGCCAUCUCGGCACCAUCCUCCUCUCCUUCUUCCCAAACCCUUCUCACCCCCAAAUCUCUUGGCUUCGUAUCUGUCGCCUGCAAGUCUCUCAGGUCUCUCAAGACUGCAGCUUCUCGUGCUGAUAAUGUCGCUACCGGCUCAGCUCUCGGAGCUCGCAUGGUCUCUGCGCCCGCCAUCAAGUCUCCGGUUUCUCUCGAUUUUGACACCUCUGUUUUCAAGAAGGAGAAGGUCAACCUCGCUGGUCACGAAGAGUAUAUUGUAAGAGGAGGAAGAGAUUUGUUCCAUUUAUUGCCUGAUGCUUUUAAGGGCAUCAAGCAGAUUGGUGUGAUUGGUUGGGGUUCCCAGGGACCUGCUCAAGCUCAGAAUUUGAGAGACUCUCUAGCUGAGGCAAAGUCUGAUAUCGUGGUUAAGAUUGGGUUGAGGAAGGGAUCUCGCUCUUUUGCUGAAGCUCGUGCAGCUGGUUUCACUGAAGAGAGUGGGACACUGGGUGAUAUUUAUGAAACAAUCUCAAGCAGCGAUCUUGUUAUGCUACUCAUUUCUGAUUCUGCACAGGCUGAUAACUUCGAGAAAAUUUUCUCACACAUGAAGCCAAACAGCAUCCUUGGUCUUUCCCAUGGUUUUCUUUUGGGCCAUUUGCAGUCGGUUGGAAUGGAUUUCCCCAAGAACAUUAGUGUAAUUGCUGUAUGUCCCAAGGGGAUGGGUCCUUCUGUGAGGAGGCUUUAUGUCCAGGGCAAAGAGAUAAACGGUGCAGGAAUUAAUUCCAGUUUUGCAGUGCACCAGGAUGUUGAUGGACGAGCUACCAAUGUGGCCUUGGGGUGGUCAGUUGCCCUUGGCUCUCCUUUCACAUUUGCCACUACUCUGGAACAGGAAUACAAGAGUGACAUCUUUGGCGAGCGAGGCAUUUUACUCGGGGCUGUUCAUGGCAUUGUGGAGUCCCUAUUCAGAAGGUACACUGAAAAUGGAAUGGCUGAAGAUCUGGCUUACAAGAACACUGUUGAGUGUAUUACUGGAAUUAUAUCAAGAACCAUUUCAACUAAGGGUAUGCUGUCUGUAUACAAUUCCCUGUCUGCAGAAGGCAAAAAGGAUUUUGAGACAGCUUAUAGUGCCUCGUUCUAUCCUUGCAUGGAUAUCUUGUAUGAGUGUUACGAAGAUGUAGCCAGUUGCAGCGAGAUCCGCAGUGUUGUCUUGGCUGGCCGACGAUUUUAUGAAAAGGAGGGUCUUCCAGCCUUCCCAAUGGGUAACAUUGAUCAGACAAGGAUGUGGAAAGUCGGUGAGAAAGUCCGAUCAACUCGACCAGCUGGUGAUUUAGGUCCAUUGUACCCAUUUACAGCUGGUGUCUAUGUUGCAUUGAUGAUGGCUCAGAUUGAGAUCUUGAGGAAGAAAGGGCACUCCUACUCAGAGAUCAUCAACGAAAGUGUGAUCGAGUCAGUGGAUUCAUUGAACCCCUUCAUGCAUGCCCGUGGAGUUGCAUUCAUGGUUGAUAACUGCUCCACAACAGCUCGAUUGGGAUCAAGGAAAUGGGCGCCACGCUUCGACUACAUUCUUACUCAACAGGCCUUGGUGGCAGUGGACAAUGGCACACCCAUCAACCAGGACCUCAUCAGCAACUUCCUAUCAGAUCCCGUUCAUGGAGCCAUUGAAGUAUGUGCACAGCUGAGACCCACCGUGGACAUUUCAGUCCCUGCAGAUGCCGACUUCGUGAGGCCCGAGUUGCGUAACUAGAGCAACUGAAGGUGAAACCUCGUCUAUUAUUGCAGUUAUGUUUGAGCAGUAGAAUCAGUCAUAAAGUCUAGUGAGGCGUGAUUUAUAAUCUACAAGAGUUGAAUUGGCCGACUAUAGCUAUUAGUUGCAUGUGUUUUGUAUGGUAAUGUUAUCAGCUGUGUUUCUUUCUUAAAUAAGACCAAGUGAGGUUAAUGUUUUAGUAGUUUUGAAAUGACACUGAGUAGUUAAUUAUAAUAACAAUGUUUCCAUCCUUAUAUU